AUGAUCCUUUCUUGGCUCCUGAAUGCUAUUUACAGAGAAAUUGCGUCAAGUGUUCUUUAUCAUGAAUUGGCAAAAGAUUUUUGGGAUGAUCUUGCUGUCCAAUUUCAACAAUCAAAUGAACCAUGUCUCUAUCAGUUAAAGAAGGAUAUCUCCAACCUAAUGCUGGAAAAUUUAACUGUAACAACCUAUUUCACUAGGCUCAAAGGUUUGUGGGAUGAAUUGUCUAAUUACAUAGCCACUAAGAAAUGUGUUUGUUGUCAAGGAUCUGCAUGUGGAAAGUCAUCUCAUGAGGAUUAUGUGCUGCAAUUUCUUAUGGGGUUAAAUGGCACAUAUUCACAAAUUCGUGGACAAAUAUUGUUGAGUGAUCCUCCGCCUUCAAUCAGCAAGGUGUAUGCACUAAUUGUUCAGGAAGAACCUCAACGAACUGCUGUAGGACAUGUGCCUUCCAUUGAAUCUGCAACAAUGUUGAGUAAGAAUUAUUCUUCAAAUGCACACAAGAAAAGAUAUCAGAAAAAUAACAAGCAAAAAAGACCAUGUUCUCAUUGUGGUUAUGAGAAUCACACAAUUGAAAAAUGUUAUAAACAGCACAGUUAUCCUCCAAGGUACAAAUUUACUAAAAAUAAGCCGACAUCAAGAUAUACUAGUUAUGCUCAUCAAGUUAUUGCUGAUAAAGACUUAAUUAAUGCAGCAAAUUAUUGUCCUUUUACUCCAGAACAAUGUGAGCAGGUUUUGAGUCUCCUCAAGGCUUUUAACUCUUCAUCUUUGUCAUCUUCCUUUGCUAUAAAUAACAACUCAACAUAUUACAUGUCAGGUAGGUCCUUGCCAAGUGUCUUUUCUGCUUUUCAAUCAAAUAAAACCAACCCUUGGAUCAUUGAUAUGGGGGCUACUGAUCACAUCAUACAUUCGACAUCUAUGUUUCAUACUUACUCUCGUAUUACAUCUAAAGUUCAACUGCUGAAUGGACAAAAGGUUGAAUCCACUCAUAUUGGUACUGUUAAGCUUUCUAAUGAUUUAUGCUUAACCAAUGUGUUGUAUGUCCUUGCAUUUAACUUCAAUCUUCUUUCAGUUAGCAAAUUGACUUCCGACUCACACUUAUGGCUGUACUUUGCUUCUUCACACAGUAAUAUACAGGACCUUGUGAGCAAAAAGAUAAUUGGAGCAGCAUUGAGCAGCAACAGCAAGAGCAACAACAGCAACAGGCUAUUUCGCUUCUGUCGUUUGCAUCAUCUUCUGAGCAACAUCUGUCGAUCCCAUGAGAUAUUCAAGGGAUUGCAGACAUUUCAGAUUUUGAGUUCAGUUUCUGCUGACUUGGAUUCUUCCAUCAUCUUCCUUGCUUCAGUGUGUUCAUCAACAAUUGGAUAA